CCAGCUUCCUCCUCCUGUUGGCGGCUGUAAGAAUCCAACAUGGAGUAAAGGCAGCGAUGGGGCUCGGACGGGGCCGCCGGCUGCUGCUGCUGUUGAGGCGCCCGGGCGCACCGGACGACGCAGCGCCGCGCUGCCUUCCCGCGCGCUGAACGCCCGCCCGCGGCCCUCGCCCUCGCUUCCUCGCCUGCCCCGACGAGGCCUUCGUGGGCGCGCCGUCUCCGGCGGGCGGGCAGGCGACCGGCCGCCUGCCUGCUUGCCUGCCUUCCCUCUCCAUCCCUGCCCCCCAGACGGCCUUCCCCGCCGCCCGCUCUUCUCUCGCGCGCUCCCGGCGAUGUGAAGCCCCGGGAAGAUGAUGAAGAGGCGCAGCCCGGCGGCUCGCGGAGGGGGAUGAGCUCAGAGGGGGAGAAGAUGACCGAAGAAGCCCACCCCGACGAUGACAGCUAUAUUGUGAGAGUCAAAGCUGUGGUUAUGACCCGAGAUGACUCCAGUGGAGGAUGGUUGCCGCAAGAAGGAGGCGGUCUCAGUAGAGUUGGUGUCUGCAAGGUCAUGUGCCCAGAGGGCAAUGGAAGAAGUGGAUUUCUGAUCCACGGAGAAAGGCAAAAAGACAAACUGGUGGUGUUGGAAUGCUAUGUGAAGAAGGACUUGGUCUACACUAAAGCAAACCCUACAUUUCAUCACUGGAAAGUCGACAACAGAAAGUUUGGGCUCACUUUUCUAAGCCCCGCUGAUGCACGAGCAUUUGAUAGAGGUGUGAGAAAAGCCAUUGAAGAUCUCAUGGAAGGAUCUACAACUUCAUCCUCAACAAUCCACAAUGAGACUGAAGUUGGAGAUGAUGAUGUCUUUACAAAUGCUACAGACAGCUCCUCUAAUUCUUCUCAGAAGAGGGAGCAGCCUUUGCGAACACUGGCACCUCCUCCAUCCUGUGAGCACCACAGAAUUUGCACCCGGGGACAUUUGCACGACCAGUUUAACCCUGACCAGUAUCAUCUAGAACAAUCAAUCCCACGAUCCUAUCGGCACGUCAGCUUCCCGGAUGACGACGAGGAGAUUGUGCGGAUUAAUCCACGAGAAAAGAUCUGGGUGACGGGUUACGAGGACUACCGCCACACCCCCAUGCGGGAGAAGUACAUUGAUCCGGACGAUGGGGACUCGUAUGUGCGAUUUGCCAAAACCGAGGCCUCCAAGCACGAUUACAAUUACCCUUACGUGGGCAACUCCGACUUCGACCUCUGCGAGGACAUCAAGGGCGCCGUGGUAAAGACUCAGCCUGCCCGGUGCAAGUCGCGGCGGCGAAAGGAGGACGGGGAGAGGUCGAGGUGCGUCUACUGCAGGGACAUGUUCAACCACGAGGAGAACAGGCGGGGCCAGUGCCAGGAUGCUCCGGACAGAAUAAAGAACUGCAUCCGCCAAGUCAGCUGUAUGUGGUGCGCGGACAGCAUGCUGUACCACUGUAUGUCUGACCCAGAAGGAGACUAUACAGACCCUUGCUCUUGCGAUACCAGUGAUGAAAAGUUUUGCCUCCGGUGGUUGGCCCUCAUCGCCUUGUCUUUCCUUGCCCCCUGUAUGUGCUGUUACCUGCCCCUUCGGGCUUGCUAUCACUGUGGGGUCAUGUGCAGGUGCUGUGGAGGGAAACAUAAAGCAGCUGGAUGACAACACUCAAAGCUUGUGAAGUACUUUGCGUUUUCCCUUUUAGCUAAGGAGCACCUUGGUCCGGAGUGUUCUCAAUUUUUACGUACAUCAUCACAGGGCCCAAGGAAACGGACAGAGCUCAGAAACCGGUGGGCUUGUCCCUCCUCCUCUUCCUUCCCCCCCCCCUUUCUUUCUUUCUCUCCCCUUCCCACUCGGCUGCUAUGCAUUGAUUGCUCACGGAGUUCUAACAGACUGGUGUGCAGCAUAAAAAGACUUUUGUAUUAUUGAUCUGUAAUCAAGCAAGAAUGUCUUGUACAUGUUUAUACCUCCCCUCUGCCCUUCCCCUCAGUUGAAUGGUUGAGUGUGGUGGACUUUCAGAACUUAAUUACGGCUGUGUCUGUAUUUAGCAACCUAUCGACACAUGUGGAAAUAAGGUAUAAUGAAAUCCCACUUUAAAUUGUGUUCAACUUGCAGCCAGUAAGUGAGUGAGUGUGUGUGUGUGUGUGAGAGAGAGAGAGUUGAGUGAGUGAGUGAGUGUAUAGAAAUUGUGCUAAUAACAAAUGUGUACCAUGACACAGUAUCGCUGACAAUCUUUAUUGUGAGAAUUUUGAGUCCAUCAGUUCUUUUGACCGUUGCUUUGAAUGAUUUCUCUGAUCACCAAGUAUUCAAGCAAAAUGUGGGAAACGAGCCUUAGUAUCACCUAUAUAACAUUUGUGAAUCUGAGAACUUGUGUUUCAGACCAAUUUUACACGUGAAAGGGAAACCCUUAAGUGUCUUCUCUCUUCUCCCCUCCCCCCACACCAUCACCUUAGUCUUUCUCCUCCAAAUAACAUUGGAAAUUAUAGCUUUAGUGUUGAUAUUCUUCGCAGUGGAAAUACUCCUCUAUCCUACAGUGUUUCUAUUUGAAACAAAGGGGGAAUUUCACAAGUUACUAAAUUAGCAGGUACACUCAUGUGUUUGCGGUGUACCUUGAAACAUAUAAGAGGGAACAUAGUUGUCUUUUAUUUUUAUUUUAUUUUUAACCAUGUCUACAGUCUUGUGUGCUAAGGAUGGGUGGCAAUUCUGCUCUCUCUGGAAUCCAGAAGCAUUUGGGGAAUGGAUCUGGGAGCCUGUGUUUUUCCAGCAUUUCCAAACCAACCUGGGAAUUCAGGGGAGCCUCCCCAGCCAGGAGGUGCUGGUCUGUGUGAAGUGUUUUCAUUUGUGCUUUGCCUGCCGCUCUCUGCCUUGGAGGCCUUUUGGACCAGGCGAGGAUGUUUUGAAACUUCUCCCGGGAUCACUUCCCGUGAGGGGAAAGCUUUUUUGACAGAGGGGGAAACACCACUGCCUGCAUCUGAGACUGUCAGGUGUGGGUGUGGAUCCAGCACCACGACAGGCAUCCCAUCAUCACAGCAUUUGACAAUCACCUGGAUGCAGGUAGGAGCAUGGCUUCUUUUUAUCAUUAUUCAGUUCUCCUCAGAAGGCCUACAGGAAUCUGAAAGAAAAAAAAGUGAAAUUGACAAACAUCACCAGUCCAGAGAAGCCUAGUAAAACUUUUCUGAGCUAAUCCAACUUUCUGAUUCUCCAAGCUAACUGUAGAGAAAUAUGUGUGCGUCAGUUUCAAGAAAGCUUUAACGUUGCUGCGCAUUGCAGGGUCUCUUGCGUCCAAUUUUUUUUCCAAGUGCAUUGGUGAAAUUGACCGAUAAAGUCUCUUCCAUCCCCCAAGCCUUUGGAUCUGCAAAGUAGGUGCGCUUGAAGUGUGGACAUGAAUAAUUCCUGGUGGAUUUAAUGCACAGAUAGGAAGCAGAAAGUUACCGGGGAGGGGGGAGAGAUGUGCUAUGGUGUUACCAGGGUUUUCCAUGGUGUGGCCUGAUCUGACCCCACAGUUCUGUCUGCUGUGCAGACUACAGGAUCCGCCUGGGGUCAGCAAAGGGUCGUGCCACUUUCUGCUUCCAAAUGCACUGAACCAGCAUAUUUGGGAUCUGCAUAGAACCCAGGGCAGACAUCCCUUAGGCCAGAGCUGGGUAAAUCCCAGUCACCUUGGUGCCUUCAAACCAAACACUAGGGACAUUGAAGCAUUUCCCCCCAGCCUUGCCCUAAGUUAGAGGCAGGCCCUGUUGAAAUCAGUGGGUGCCCCAACAUGGAAAGGCAUGUUCAUUUCGGUAGUACUUGGUGGUGCGUAAAACGUGCGUGCUUCGCAGGAUCUGUACGCCACUUCUCACUUGGUUGUGAAAUGCGUACAAUAGGGUGAAACGAUGCUUUUGACUUUGUGUGGGUUUGAUUUUCUUCUUCAAAGCCAUGUCUUGUGUACAAGGCUUGUAAUUAAUCUGGGGAAAUAAUAAUAUUUUUCUAAUAUAUGACAUGGAAUGGCGAUUAUUAUUAUUUUUUUUAUUCAAAGGAAUAAUGUAGAGCCGUUUAGCUAUAAUAUAGCAUAGUACAAUCUGAGUCAUCCGAGGCAGCUAUAGGCACCGGCUUAUGAGAACAUGCGCUGCUGUUUCUGCCAUAAUCUUUUUUUUUCUGCAGCCAAGGGCCGGUGAGUGCAUACCCUUGCCCCCCCCUCCUUCUUGCACAUUGACUUGAGUCUUAAAGGAAGAGGAACUGAAUUUUAUUUUAUUUUAUUGCCAAAUAGAUGCAAAUAGCGACACGCUUGCCACUCUCCUUGUGAAAGCGGGCCAGCAGCUCCUUCCGGGAGUCACCACAGCUUUUUGUCACAUGUAGCUACAUAUACAAUGAGUGUGUGGCUUAUGUUAUGGUUGAAACCUGGAGCUUGAGCAGAUCUGCUUACACUCAGGCAAUGACUUCAUGAUUUGAUGGCAAGCUUUUCUGUUUUGUUUUUAAACUGCCCGCCCGGGCACACGGCAGCACCCAUUGGGCCAACCCCAGAAACUCAAGGGCGAGGAUCCAGAGCCAUUUGGCAAAGCAGUGAUUUGAGGCCUGUUUGCAAACAUGGACCCUGCACCCUACCCUCUUUCCCACCAGACAAGCCACUGUUGCGAAACUCAGGGGACCUUCAGGAGCAGUUCCAGAAACCUUUGGGGUGGAGGUGGGGGUCUGUGUUGAAACUUGAACAUUCCUAAGGACUUCUGCGAGCUCCUUCUUGCAAGGCAACUGGAGCACAGCCCUUUCCCACUCGCCACAAAGGGACAGUCAUAAGCUCCCAGGUGGGGGAGGGGCAGGGUUUGUGUUGGAGCUCUUCCCCAUGCCAAUAAUUGCCCUUGUUUCUGGGAAGAGCUGCAGGCAUGGGCUGUUCCCAGGUGCUUGGGGCUUCCCACAUCACCUUUGCAUGCAGCAGGCAUCCCCAAACUUCGGCCCUCCAGAUGUUUUGGACUACAAUUCCCAUCAUCCCUGACCGCUGGUCCUGUUAUCUAGGGAUCAUGGCAGUUGUAGGCCAAAACAUCUGGAGGGCCGCAGCUUGGGGAUGCCUGGCAUAAAGAAAAGAGCCUAUUGCAGUAACUUCCAUUUCUCAAAGCUAAUGGAAGGAGGACCCCAGACAUCAUCAUCAUCAUCAUCAUCAUAUAUAUAUAUAGAACCACAGCAGAAGAAUUCUGGACUGUACCACUAAAGUUUGGGAGUCACAUUUAAUUUCCCCCAUAUUAAAAAACGAAAGACUCAUUGCUUGUAACAAGCUAGCAGACCAGAGAGAUUUAAGCAUGCAUAUUUUUGGUGAUGUGCUAGUCUAUUCGGCAUUAAGCAGGUAAAAAAUAAAUAAAUCUGCAACGUGCAGUGAUACAGUCUAGAAUUCUAUAUAAUGUGUAGAUUGGCUGUGUGAUCUCUCUAGUUCAUAUUUUGGUAUUCAAGAUUUGGGAUUUGUCUGUAACAUUAAUAACGUAGGCUGCAAUGUUUUUGCAACGGUUAGGUUUACAUUUGUAAAUGUCAAUGGACUGCUAAAUGGCAAGGGAAGUUUUUCAUUUUCAUUUUCAUUUAUUAUUAUUUUUGUAAACUUGUGGAAAGAAUAAAUAUUUUGUGCCUAAAAGCAAAUGACAAAUCGCUGUAAAUGGUGACUAGCAAACAUCAUGCCAGCCUCAAAAUAAAAUAAUAACAAAGUGAUGGGGACAAUAUUUUUGGUUUUGCAAGUUGUUCCGCUUUUCUGAAUUUCUGUAAGGUCUCCCCCCACCCCCAACAAAAGCACAACACUACAGAAGAGAUCUUACAGGUUGUCAAGCCUCUCAGUUCAAGUGCCCCUAUUUAUUUUGCUAAAGUAGACAUACUCCAAGCCUUGAUGUCUGUCCUCUUCUGUAAAUUCCCUCUUUUCUCUUCUCUGCUUUUGUUUUAAUCCUGAUUCAGUCGUUCCAUGUUUGUUCUCCCCCUCCAUGUGAGUUGUUGGGGGGUGUUUUCAUUUUCGUUAGUGCAGCAAAAUUGGCACAAGGGUAGAAAUGGGUUGGGAGGGGGUUUUUCCCCCCUGUAAAUAUUUCCCAUUGAUCUCCACACUGCAACUGAGCAGUGUGUAGUGUUUUUCCUCCGUUGGCUUUUCAGUACUGACAUUAAUCAUCUGAGAAAUUAUUCAGAUUUUAUUUUUGUAUCUGUGGUAACAAUCCAUUAACCAAAAGCUGUUUCUCCCCUUCCCCCCCCCCAGUUCGGAACAUUUCCCCCCCAAAGCUCUUGCUCACAUUAACAAAUUUAAGUGCCUGAAGCAAACCUUCUAUUAUGUAUCUGUAUACUAAAAGUUUAAAACUCUGUUGUAUUGAUUUUUAUAAGCCUUUUUACCUCUGUGUAAAGAAUAUAUAUACAAGUGUAUGAUGUAUAUUUUAGUUCUUAACUUCUUUUUUAUU